AUGGAUCGAAAUUCCAUAAACUGUAAAAAUUUCAUUGGAAACCCAUUACUCCAUCGUUGCCAGCUCAUUAGUUUGUCAUCAGUCCCACCACAAGAACCAUUGGCAUUGGGUUUCGAGUCACUAAACAGUACAGUUUCAUCAGAUUCAAAUCAAGGGAAAAAGGGUACAAAUUAUUUUGAGCUAAUUCUGAUUAUAGUUCCAUCUGUAAUCAUCAUCAUUCUCGUUGCUCUCCUUCUCAUAUAUCUUUACCAGAGGAAAAAAAAACCCACCUCAGAGGUCGCCGGAGUCUCACUCCCACCACCCCGAUCUCCUCCUCCUCCUCCUCCACGUUCUCCUCACCAUUGUCAACAACCAGUUGUCGUUUUCAAAGAGAUAGGGGUACAAUUGACAUUAGACAAAGUCGUUCAAGCAACCGGAAACUUCACUUCAAGAAACUGUAUCGGGUCGGGUGGUUUCGGGUCGACUUAUCGGGCCGAAAUUUCCCCGGGAACCAUCGUGGCUGUUAAAAGACUCACAGUUGAAAUGUGUCAAGGGGUCCCACAAUUCAAUGCUGAAAUCCGAAAAAAAUUCAUCCGGGAAAGACCGGCCCACGCCCUCGGAUGGAAUGUAAUUCACAAAAUCGCCCUCGGAAUCGGAAACGCGCUUUCUUUUCUUCACGAUCAAUGUAAACCGCGAAUCCUACACCGUGAUGUGAAGCCGAGUAACAUCUUGUUAGACGAAGAGUUCAACGCGUAUUUAUCGGAUUUCGGGUUGGCCCGUUUGCUAGAUGAUUUUGAGACACAUGUCACCACGGGAGUGGCCGGGACUUUCGGUUACGUGGCGCCGGAAUACGCGCUGACGUGUCGGGCAUCGGAAAAAGCUGAUGUGUACAGCUAUGGAGUGAUGUUGCUUGAGUUGAUUUCUGAUAAGAGAGCUUUGGAUUCGUCUUUUUCGAGUCAGGAGAACGGUUACACGAUUGUCUCGUGGGCGUGGAUGCUCCGGCGAGAGGGGCGGCCGGAGGAGGUUUUCACUGCCGGAUUGUGGGAAGCGGGCCCGGAGGAUGUUCUUCUUGAGUUGCUGCAUUUGGGUUUGGUUUGUACUGGAGAUUCUGUCACAGGGAGACCUACAAUGAGACAAGUUGUUCGGAAAUUGAAGCAAAUUCAACCUGUUUGA